GAGAGAGAGAGAGAGGGAGAGAGAGAGGGGCGGAAGAAGAGGGCGAAUAAGCAACUUUGUGAGCGGGCAUAGCGGAGUCUCCCCCGGCAGCGCGUGGCAACAGGGAGGCGUUUGACAGCUCGUGGUUGAUCAGCGUUUUGAUUCAUCCUCCCCGGUGCACCCGAGCCCGACGAACACACGGGCGCGCUGAAAUAUGCACCCUCUCUUCUUUUUUCUUUUUUUUGUUUGUUUGUUGUUGUUGCUUUUGGACGGAUUUUAAAUGUAAAAGAUGCGCUGAAUGACCCCACGCGAGCCUACAUCUUCAUCGGCGCCCGCGCGAGAUGACAUUGAGGAAACCUUAGCGGGACUCGGGACAACAUUUCACAGGAAAAUGCAUCCUUGGAUUUCAUAUGUUUUGCUGAGUGCAAUCGCAGUGUGCGCUGUUGAGAUGUUUGGCAGUUAUGGAGAAACAUGUCAAAGACUGUGUGCCUGUGAGGAGAGAGAGGGGAUACUCACCGUGAGCUGUGAAAACAGAGGAUUCAUAAGUCUCUCAGACGUAAAGCCAGUGUACUUCUCACAGUAUCAUCUGCUGCUCACGGGGAAUCUUUUGAAGAAGCUGUCCUUCAAUGAUUUUGUUGCGUACAAAGGACUUACAAUAUUGCAUUUGGGAAACAAUGACAUAUCUGAGGUUGAAGCCGGAGCUUUUAAUGGUCUUCAGGAAUUAAAACGAUUGCAUCUCAACAAUAACAAAAUCGAUGCCUUGAAGGAAGAGUUUUUCUUUGGCCUUGAAAGUCUGGAAUAUCUACAAAUUGAUUAUAAUUACAUAACUCACGUGGCCCCUAAUGCCUUGAGCAGACUUCGAAAUCUGGAGGUCCUGAUUCUCAACGACAACUUAAUAUCUAGUCUGCCGGUGAACAUUUUCCAGCAUGUACCCUUGACUCAUUUGGAUUUACGGGGGAAUCAGCUCAAAGUGCUUCCCUACUCAGGUCUGCUGGAGCACAUGAAGAGCGUCGUGGAGUUACAGCUGGAGGAGAACCCGUGGAACUGUUCGUGUGAGCUGAUAGCACUUAAAACGUGGCUCGAGAGCAUAUCGUACACGGCGUUAGUUGGCGAUGUUGUUUGCGAGUUCCCUUUCCGGCUUCAUGGGAGAGAUCUUGAUGAGGUUUCAAAGCAGGAGUUGUGCCCGAGGAGAGCCAUCGCUGAAUACGAGAUGCCACCCCUGCCACAUUUGAGCACCGAUGCAUACCGCAGGACCGUGCCAGCUCCGGUGACAGCCUCAUUUACCUCGUCUGGGAUCGCUCGGUCCUCAUCAAGACCCACUAAGGGACCUCGCCAGUCAGGCAAAUUAAAAUCAAGGCCCACUGCUCGCAUCCCGUCUAAAAAAAACCCAAACUAUGGGCAAAUUGUUUCAUAUCAAACCAAGUCCCCCGUGCCUUUAGAUUGCCCGACUGCCUGCACCUGCAACCUUCAAAUUUCAGACCUCGGCCUGAACGUGAACUGCCAGGAACGAAAGAUUGAAUACAUCUCUGAUUUAAAUCCCAAACCUUAUAAUCCCAAAAAGAUGUACCUAACAGGGAAUUAUAUCCCAGUGGUGCGUCAAUCUGAUUUUAUUGAGGCGACUGGGUUGGAUUUGCUUCAUCUUGGUAACAAUCGAGUAUCUCGCAUACACGACCAAGCUUUUGCCGAUCUGACACAUCUAAGAAGACUUUACCUCAAUGGGAAUUUGAUUGACCAUCUAACAGCUGACAUGUUUUAUGGACUGGAGACUCUACAGUUCUUAUAUUUAGAAUACAACAUCAUUAAAGAGGUUGGUUCGGACACCUUUCAGCAUGUACCCAAACUUCAGCUGCUUUUUCUGAACAAUAACCUCUUGAAAACGUUACCCGUGGGAACAUUUAAUGGCCUGUCAUUAGCCAGGCUCAAUCUCCGUAGCAACCAUUUGCGAUAUCUCCCAGUCGGCGGGGUGCUAGAUCAGCUUACGGCACUGGUGCAAGUCGAUUUAUUUGAGAACCCCUGGGAUUGCUCUUGCAGCAUACUGGAGUUGAAGGCGUGGCUGGAGCAGCUUAGCACAGGCACGGUUGUAAACAACGUCAUCUGCGGUUCGCCCAAAAGGCUAGCUGGGGAGGAUAUGAGAUACAUUAAGACAACAAAUCUUUGCCCUAAUAACUCUGACACGCUUGCCUCCGUCAUCCCACCCUCUGAAGAAUCGUUCCCUGGCAGCACCAUCACGAUAGAAACAUCCUUGGACUCCGACACACAAGACAGCGCCAUUCCUUUAUCCGUGCUGAUUCUCGCCCUUCUCCUCAUGUUCAUCGUGUCCGUGUUUGUGGCUGCGGGACUGUUUGUGGUGAUGAGGAAGCGGCAUCAAAAGUGUCAAAACGAGCACAAUAACUCCAUGAACGCCUGCAUCAGCUCUCUCAACAUUGAGUAUGGUCUUUACAAAAAGGGAUCCAUUCCCAAAGUCCGGACGUCUGCCGGACGUGUAUAUGAGUACAUCCCGCAACCCACAGAACCCGCAGGCAGAACCGCCGUGCACAGCCCUACGGACAGCAGGUCCGCGGACGGCUUCAGAGACUUUGAUGAAUUGAGCGGCGCUUUUCUGGGCAACUCGGACGAGGAGGCAGCGAGCAACGCCAUCGGCUCGGAGUACAGCGCCGCCGCCUCGGAGCCCCUUAACAAGACCUCGACCCCUCACCGAGACGAGCAGUCUUACUACCGAGACGCACUUGAGCCCGACAAGCACACGUGCCACAGCAAGACGCUGCCGUGCAGGCACGCGGCGCGUUCGUCAAGCGAGUGCGCCUCGGACUUUGACGCCAGGCAUCAAUACGUGCACCCAGAGAGAAUACAACAGACGAUACUCUAUUGUGCAUCACCAGGUACAGUGUACGUGGAGCCCAGCAGGAGUGAGUACUGGGAGCUGAAGGCCAAGCUUCAUAUCGACCCCGAUUACCUUGAGGUUCUUGAAAAACGAACAACGUUCACGCAGUUUUGAGAGACUUGACCCACUACGCGGUCAGAGUUGUUGCAACGCUGCAAUGGAUUUGUUUUUUGUUUUUUUUAUCAGGAAUCAAUCCAUGUUCAAAAAGCAGACAGUUUUCUUUCAUCACCUUUAUUAGUAGAAUAGGUACAUUAUGUAUUUCUGGGAAUUGUGUGUCACAGGGUUGACUAAUAAAGGGGAGUGUACUGUUUUAAAGUAGCACUUAUAUCCCUUUACCCCUGUGGUAACAUUGUGGUUUACAAUUGUUAAUAUGAACAAACAAACAGAUGUUCGGGGCUCUCGUGACUCAUCCUUACAUAAAAAACAUCCUGGAGGUUUUUCAGCGACAAAUAUGUGAGCUUUGACUCUCAAAUUAGCUGCAUUGCAUGAGGGUCAAUGAAGUGUGCAGAUGAUAUGUUGUUAUCCCCAAAUAAACCAGGUUUUUGUUACAUUUAUAUGCCUAAAUCCCAAUUCUGUCCAACUUAUUCAAGACUAAACUCACACAUGAGAUUUAAUCAUAUUUAUCCUGCCAGUGCAUUCAUGAGUAACCAUGAAUCAUACCUGUGUUCAAGUGUUGACAGAAUUCACACUAGGAAAUUGUGCUCCGGUGAAAAUUGGUGUUUGUCAAAUUACAGGGAAGUUUUCCAUUGAGGAUGCAAAGCUAUGAGAUAAUAAUCACAUAUAACAGAUUUGAUCUUAAUCAAUCUUUCUUACUUACAGAUCUGUGGGGAGAAUAAUUAGUAUCCUAAAAAUAUACUAAACAGAUCUAAUCUGGUAUUUCCUCACAGCUUCCCCAAAGUCUAAACCAUCUGCUUUUACUGGUUAUUGAAGCAAUUGUAUGAUAUUAAUAAAUAAAUGUGUUGUAACUCUACUCACAAACAUAAGACUAAAAGAUAAGAAUCACAGCUCUGUUCCAGGUUCAUGUAACUGACAGACAGUUUAUUUUAAAGUCUAUCAUACUUCACUAAGGCAUUUUACUUUGACGGCUUUAAAAAAAGAAGAGUUUAUACAUUUAUUAUCACCCUAUCCAAAACACUUAACUCAAAAAACAGCUCAUUAUAUAUCCACUGCUUGACAUUCAGAGGAGAACAUCAAAGCACAUCCCUGUGUUUCCUUGUGAAAUUACAACCUUAUUUCUUUGUAUGUCUGCAUUCACAAUAAUUGUCUUCCAGUUGCAAUGCGUCUGAGUAGAGUUGCAAUACGCUGUAAGGGUACAAUACAUCAAAUUCAGAUGAAUUCAAGCCAAACAUGUUGGCCCUCGGGCCCUGAUACAACAUACUUUAAUUGACUCCAUAUUUUUAUAGAAAUAAAUAUGUUUUUUUUUUUUUUUUCUCUUUUCUUAAAAAUGCACUCUCGACUUCUAGAGGUCACCAAUGAUGUCACUUUCUGAAAUGUCUAAUAUGCUAACACGUGCAAAUAGCCAUAGGAGAAGAAUUGAUACCUGUAUGCAUAAAACCACCACAAGUUAAAAUAUCUUGCACUAAGCAGUAGAGAAUACUUGGACAAUCUCUAUGAAACAGUUCAUCCCCUCUGACACCAACCAACACUCAUGAACAUGAUAGCACCACCUCGUAUAUAUGUUGAUUUGAAAUAUUUAACUCAUGAAGUGAGUUUGGAUAAUUUGUUUUUUUUAAACUUAAUUUAUUUGUAAUUAAAUCUGUUUUUGAGGAAUAAGUGGAUUUUGGGGUAUUACUUCAUAAAGAAAAACACCCACUCAUAUUUGUCAUGGUUGGUUUAUCUCUAUGGAGUAGGGAUGCAUAAAGUCUGGCGAUUUGACUGCCAAAACAGUCUCUUUUUCCAGGAGAGUUUGAUGCAGAGUGCAACAAAGGUGUGUAACAAAAACAUGAAGGUCCGCAAGAGCUUUAUCCAUAAUAAAUAGAAGCACAACAAACGAACGCUUGAGCGGAUAGAGUUGCUUUUAUGCAAGAAGCGCGUCAUCAAGUCGUAAUGCAGUGGAAUCGAUUUCUGGGUCAAUAGCAUGGGCCUCGGAAUCUGACUUUCCCAUAGUUUAAUAAACAGGGUGAACUCACAUCGCAAGCAGUAUUAUGCACAAGACCUGUCAUCUUAACUCAGCUAAUUAGAGGACAUGGAGUAUCUGGACGUGGUCUGCAUGUCACUAUGAAUUACACUUCAGCGUUAGUCAUCUUGUUUAUCAAGUAUACCGUCUUGGUUGGUUGCCUUUCACUUCAGAUUCUUUUUGUGAUUUAUUUUGUCACUUGACCUGUGUCUUCUCUUUGAACAUUCAUCAUAACCAAUGAGAUGAAAUGGACACAGUGCUGCAUGAUUUAAAACCUGCACAGGGUUGUACUGGGAUUUGUUUUUAUGAAUAUUUUGUGGUGAAAACACUGUAAACCUGCACAGACAAAUCAACAAAUGUUUUUUAUUGUCAGCAGUGGCCGCCAUUCAGUUGUUGUUUCAGUUCUCAAAAUAAUCUUUUUUUUAAUGUGUAGUAGAUUUUAUACGACCAAACUAAUGCAGCAGAAGAAAAAAAAUACAUAUAUAUAUAUAUUGGCUGUGUGUUUGGAGGAAAAUUGACUCAAGAUGUUAAACAUUUUAUUUUCAAGGAUGUUUCUUUCGAUUUGUGAGAAUCUUUCUCAAAGAAUUGUGUAAUGGAUCACUGUAUAUAACAAACAUUUAAAAGUUUUGCCAAAUGUUAAUAUUCGUCACACGUGAAACCACAAAUACUGAUAACGCAGAAAUAUGUUUAAUUGAAAUGUGACUGUCCUGUGUAUGUAUGAAGAAGAAGAAAUCCAUUUAGUGUCUUAUUCAAAAUUUGUAAUUUUGCUUCUCUUUGUUUUGUUUGGUUUUGAUAUGGUUGUUUUCUAUCUCAACCUCUGAUUUGUAAAUAGAACACUUUAUCAGCAUUUCUGUUCAAAGUUGCAUCGGCUUGGAAAAGCCAAAUCCUGGUCUCUUAUUGCAGAAACACAGUACAACUAGGAAUACGUGGGGUAAAUAUAUCUACAAUGUGCUGUGUCUCUAGUUGUUAGCUGAUGAAUAAAAGAUAUGUGUUCAUUUGGAA